AUGCAGAAAGUGGAGCGUCUCAUAUUCUCCACGAACAAAGCAGCCCUGGCUGGCUAUGUGCAGAGCUUGAGAGGACAACCCGAAGUGCAGGUCAAGUUGUUCCACUACUCGGAGCAGGAUGGGCUGGACACAGCUGCCUUGGAAGCUCAUAUUUUGUCAAGUGGAGCAGCUGAAGUCUCAGUUCUCCUUCUUGCUACAGCUGCCUCCAGCUACUUGUGGUUUGACCCGGAACAUUACCCCAGAAACGUGGAACUUUGUACCAUUUUGAAGAAAUUUGCAGAGAUCAGAGUGAACUUCGUUGUGUGUCCAACUACCCAUUCAGCUCGAGAUGGAUGGCAACAGCAUCAGUCUGACUUGCGGAGUGUCUUCGGAGACUUUCUCCCGGAGACGGGCAAAGUGGACACUUGGACGGACUUCGAUCCGGAACAAGGUCUUGGGCAAGAGCAGAUUCGUAGCUUGAUUUACCGUGCGCAACACCAGCAAGCCUUGCAGUGCCAAGAUGUUCAUCAAGAGCCAAGAGGUGGAUGGAUUUGGAAACCAGUUGGAGGAUUUGUACUGCUUUUGGUUGUUGGUUUGGGCGUGCGCCAGCUCAUGCGCAAGGUGUCCUCCCUGAGUUCCCAGCUCCAAGGGCUCCAGAACGAGACGAGAGAUCUCCGCCAUCGCAUCCAGUUGCUUGAAGCGGAGGUUGUGCAUCUUCGCGAUGGCCAGAGUCUGCAGUGGUGGGAGCGGUUGGGAGGCAUUUGUAGUACUGUUGCCUCCGAAGUUGCCUCCUCUCUGCCACUGCCGCUUGUUGCCUCGUUUGAUAUCCAUCAAUUGACGCACUUAAGACACUGACUCCACCAGUGAUGGCACCGAGAUUUAGCACUCCAAUGGCUUGAAAUGGAAGCCCAUAGCCUUCGACCAGCUUGUGAUGUUUGGGCCCUACACAGGUUUCGGUUUCUGUACAGUUUAGCUUCUUUGCGACCAGCUAGCAGUCGACGAAAAGGACCAUGGCGGCAGCAUCAUUGCUUUCACGUGCAUUGCCCAUUGCUUUUGCCUUUGUUUCAGGGAAGGUGCUUGUCAUCU